UUUCUAACCAACGCGAAAGAAAACAUCAAACAACCGACAAUUAACGUCGACUAACACCAAGCCAGCACUGAGCGGCGUGGACAACUCACUUCGUGUGUGCGCAAGCACGACGUCUGGGCCAGUUUCCCCUCAGCCACGACUCAGAAUCCACAACAACUGAGGUACCAUCACGAUCGUGAGAGUACCGUAUGCAACAAUGACCGUGCUGUAACCUCUCUUGAACCGGGAGCUUCGACUCGUCACCUCUUGCAAGAACUAUUAUCUACCCGGAGCAAUCAAAAUGUCUACAGAAGACUGUUUAACAUCACCUCACCAUCAGGAUGCUGAUGUUUGUGAUGAAGAGGACUUGAUUGGACUUGCUACCACCACUUGUGAUAUGUCCGGUGUCUCUGGUGGAUCUUCUCAUGAUGACCAGCAACAGCUGCACUUGAGCAAUGCUACAUUUAAGGAGGAAGGUUUGAAUGCUGAAGCCAGAUGUCAACUCAAUAGCCAAGAUGCAGUCGAUGACUUUUUCUGCACCAGUGAGUUUUAUGAGGAUGAAGAAAGUAACGAAGAAGUACAUCUGAUCAAUUACAUGAAGAUGGCAGCAUCGCCUAUUUAUGAUAUAAUGUGUGGCGAUGAGAUUAAUAACAGUGCAGAUGAUUCUGAUAGUGAUGCUAUCUCACCAUUGCCAAAAUUUAAUAGCUUAUCUGUUUCAGCACUUAACGAUUAUAUUGUCAGUGGUACUGGUUCCGAAUCAAAACCAAUUGUAGAUAAACCAUACCACGAGCCAUCUAAGGGAUGGACAACUGAAAGCUGUGCAGAUGUACUAAGACAUGAAGCAGCUUAUGAAGCAUUCAAUUCAUGUCACCCAAACACAAAUUUCCGAGAAUCUCAGGGUCCAUAUAAAGAUGUACUCAGAAAUGAAAACAAUUUAAUGCUGGAAAACUAUGAGCAAGACAAAAUUGUUGAGUUGCCUGGCAUUGGUAAUGAAGAGGUUAGAGAAAAUAAUUUUUGUUGUACAGCCAGUCCAUCCAAUGCAAAUCCUAAAGCAGAGAAAGGCAUGCAAUAUGGUGCACAUUUCAGUGACGGAAAGGUCAUAAAUAGUCAAAUAAAUACAUCACAUUGUGCCGCUGAACAUGGACAAACCAAGAAGUUGGAGAUGGUUGAAGAAUAUAAAGCCUCAAAAAAUAUCACAUCACAUAUAUCAGAUUUGAUGCAAGAGGACAAUUUAAAACUGUGCCUCAAAGAUGGUAUUUGUGAUGUAAAUGCCAUACUUUCUAACACACUACCCCUAGACGUUGCAGUAAUCAAUACAGGUUGUUGUACGAUUCAAGAGCAAUCUGAUAUUACAAAAGAUGUUUUGCUUAUGUAUCAAAGCAAAACCAAUGACUCACUUCAGAAAAAUAGUAUAUCUUCAACUUGUGAUAAUUUAUCUGAUACGCAAGGUAUGUACUCUGUUGAUGAUACUGCUGCAAACGUAAACAUAUGUGCAAGUAAUGUAGUUGAAACCAUUAUUCAAAAACGUGUUUCAAAACAAAAUGAAAAACAAACUAUUCGACAAAUAAGUCGAGCAGAUAUGACUAAUUACAUAGAUAAUUCCUUCCUUAGUCGGAAGCUUUGGAAAUGCCGUCUUUGUAACAAGAUCUAUAUGACAAAGGAAAAUUUGAUUACUCACAUGAUAACACACUGCGAAGCUGGAAAAGACAGUGGCUUUAAUUUAGAAAAGUGUCCUAUCGAAAAGCAAUCUGUAGAUGUUGAAAACAAGCCAUUGCUUUUCAGUCCUAGUAUAACAGGUGAAGGAGUUCAUAAAAAUAGUCCAUGCUCAUCUUGUGAGCAGAUGCCUACCAAGCGGUGCACUCCAGUUCAUGAAAUUGCUAUUUUAGAAUGUCUCCCUAAACACAAUGAGAUAAAUACAUUUUCCCAAUUAAAUCGAGCAUCUAUGAACGAUUACAUCGACAACUCCUACAUAACAAAAAAGUAUGGCUGUAAGCUUUGGCAAUGCCGAAAAUGUGUAAAAAGAUAUACAACUAAGUACAAUUUCGUGACUCACAUGUUGACACACUCUAAAACUGGAAAAUGCAUUAGCUCAAAUAUCUUUAGUCAUGAGCUUCAACAAAAAACGGAAGGUGGUGUGAAGAGUGCAAUGUUGUUCAAUUCCAAUAAAAUAAGUGAAGUCUUUCAGAAAAAUAAUCCCUGUUCAACUUUUGAGCACUUGCCUAUGGAGCAGAAUUGUUCAUCGACUGAAGUAUAUUCUACAAAGCCAGAUCUGUGUGCUCAUGGCACUGUGGAUGGAACUGUUGUUCUAGUAUACGUCCCAAGACACAAUGGGAUAAUGAAUUUUCACAAUUAUAUCGAGAAGUUAUGAACAAUUACAUCGACAACUCCUACAUGACCAAGAAGUAUGGCCGUAGGUUUUGGCAAUGCCGAAUGUGUGUCAAAAGGUAUACGACUAAGUACAAUGUUGUGACUCACAUGUUGACACACUCCAAAACUGGAAAAUUCAUUGACUCGAAUUUCAAAAGUCAUAAGAUCCAAGAGAAAACGGAAGGUGUUGUAAACCGUGCAUUGUUUUUUAGUUCUAGUAAAAUCAGUGAGGUGCUUCAGGAAAAUAAUGCCUGUUCAACUUCUGAGCACUUGCCUAUCGAGCAGAAUUGUUCCUCUCCUGAAGCAUCUUCUACAAACCCAGAUCUGUGUGCUCAUGGCACUGUGGAUGGAAUUAUCAUUCCAGAAUAUGUCCCAAGACACAAUGCGAUCGUGACAUUGUCACAAUUAUAUGGAGCAGCUAUGAACAAUUACAUCGAAAACUCCUACAUAACCAAAAAGUAUGGCCGUAAGUUUUGGCAAUGCCGAAUAUGUGUAAAAAGAUAUACAAAUAAGGACAAUUUUGUGACUCACAUGUUGACACACUUUAAAACUGGAAAAUUAAUUGACUCGAAUUUUAAAAGUCAUAAGAUCCAAGAGAAAACGAAAGUUAUUGUAAAUCGUGCAUUGUUUUUCAGUUCUAGUAAAAUAAGUGAAGUCUUUCAGAAAAAGAAUGCCUGUUCAACUUCUGAGCACUUGCCUAUGGAGCAGAAUUAUUCCUCUCCUGAAGCAUCUUCUACAAAGCCAGAUCUGUGUGCUCAUGGCACUGUGGAUGGAACUGUUGUUCCAGAGUACGUCCCAAGACACAAUGGGAUAAUGAAAUAUUCCCAAUUAUAUCGAGCAGCUAUGAACAAUUAUAUCGACAACUCCUACGUUACCAAAAAGUAUGGCCGUAAGCUUUGGCAAUGCAGAAAAUGUGUAAAAAGAUAUACAACUAAGUACAAUUUCGUGACUCACAUGUUGAUACACUCUAAAACUGGAAAAUGCAUUGGCUCAAAUAUCUUUAGUCAUGAGCUUCAACAAAAAACGGAAGGUGGUGUGAAGAGUGCAAUGUUGUUCAAUUCCAAUAAAAUAAGUGAAGUGAUUCAGGAAAAUAAUGCCUGUUCAACUUCUGAGCACUUGCCUAUGGAGCAGAAUUGUUCAUCGACUGAAGUAUAUUCUACAAAGCCAGAUCUGUGUGCUCGUGGCACUGUGGAUGGAGCUGUUGUUCCAGAAUACGUCCCAAGACACAAUGAGAUAAUGACAUUUUCACAAUUAUAUCGAGAAGUUAUGAACAAUUACAUCGACAACUCCUACAUGACCAAGAAGUAUGGCCGUAGGUUUUGGCAAUGCCGAAUGUGUGUCAAAAGGUAUACGACUAAGUACAAUGUUGUGACUCACAUGUUGACACACUCCAAAACUGGAAAAUUCAUUGACUCGAAUUUCAAAAGUCAUAAGAUCCAAGAGAAAACGGAAGGUGUUGUAAACCGUGCAUUGUUUUUCAGUUCUAGUAAAAUAAGUGAGGUGCUUCAGGAAAAUAAUGCCUGUUCAACUUCUGAGCACUUGCCUAUCGAGCAGAAUUGUUCCUCUCCUGAAGCAUCUUCUACAAACCCAGAUCUGUGUGCUCAUGGCACUGUGGAUGGAAUUAUCAUUCCAGAAUAUGUCCCAAGACACAAUGCGAUCGUGACAUUUUCACAAUUAUAUCGAGCAGCUAUGAACAAUUACAUCGACAAUUCCUACAUAACCAAAAAGUAUGGCCGUAAGCUUUGGCAAUGCCGAAUAUGUGUAAAAAGAUAUACAACUAAGUACAAUUUUGUGACUCAUAUGUUGACACACUCUGAAACUGGAAAAUUAAUUGACUCGAAUUUCAAAAGUCAUAAGAUCUAA